UCUGCUGUUCAGCCAUAUUUAUUAUGAGUUAUUAUAUUACAGUAAACAAAAAUUAGCUACAGUAACUGUGAGGCUAUUUUUCACAACUAUAAGUCACUUAUUUUCGCUAAAUAUGAUGACAUUUUUCAUUUACAAUGCAUAGAACGUUUGAUUUAGUGAUAUUAAAAAUUUUGAUUUAUUGUUUUUUCUGUGGUGAAAUGUUUUAAUUUUACGCGCUCUGUGCGUUUUUGAAAUAGUGUGGAUUAAACGUACCAAAUCAAUUCUAAACAGUUUUUGAAGAAAAUAUGGAAGCAGAUAUACGUUUCUCCCUCCCCCAAAAUAUAGUUAUGGUUUGUCUCACCAAGGAGCUCCAUUCAGGCACAAUUAAUUUAUUGUUAGCAUCUGUGUGUUAAAGGCAUGGCUGCUGGGACCAAAUUAAGGAUUUAAUAGUUUGCAUCAAAUGCAAACCCUCUGUUCACAUGGGUUGUUCGGACCUCCCUUGUUCAAAAUUGGAAACAUAUUCUUUGUCGUGUAGUACUUGCACUGACAGACAAACUAUGAGGUUUAAAAGCAACAAAGGCUCUGCACCUGCUGAAGCUAAUAAGCAGCAAGAGAAAAAAGAAGCAGCUUCCACUUCAGGAAGCUCUCCUUCUUCUACUUUCUGUUCUACUAAGACGUGGCCAUCUUUUCAAAUCCCAUUGAAGAAGCAGUGGCACAGGCGGCAGGCUUUCAUGGAUAAUCUUGAUUCUGAGUCGGAGAAAGUAAAUCCAUUCUUAGCUGCACUGGAAAACAAGAAGCCUGAACCAUUUUCUAAUUGUCUAAAAGAUCUUGACAAAUCAUCUAAUGAAACAUUUGUGAAAACAAACCACUUUCCAAUUCAACCUUUUUCAUCUCAAAAUAUUGGAUUUUUUCGUCCAAAACCCAAAGGGUUGGUGGAUGGACUUUCACGAUUUUUCACACCAACCAACAAACGGAAGUCUCGUGUGGCAAUUUCAUCUCUAGGUGAUUCUCUUACUUUAGAUGAAGAGAUCCAAGCAUCACACCCAGCUGAAAACAGUUUCUCAGGGACAAGGCUUUGUGAUCAAACACUAACAGACAAUACGAGGAAUUCUAGUAUUGUGGCUGAAAGCAAACUUCUGAUAAAUCGUGAUGUGUCCACUGUACCUUCUGCAAAUAAUAGUUCCCCGUCCAAUCUGCAAGCAUCUUUGAAUGCAAGUUCAUCAUCUACACCUACUUUAAAUUUGCUCCAGUCAGUGAAACCCAAUGGUAGUGGUCAGUUGAAGAAUUUAUUCGAUAGUCUGUCUCAUCUCUAUACAGCUUCUACUGAUUCUCGCAAGCGAGGAUCAAAAACUUCUGUAAAUAAUGUGUCGUCCCCAAAAAGGCAUUGUAAAAAACCUAGUAGUACCUGUACUGAUAAAGAUUUUAAUCCUUCAUUGUUUUGUGAUAGGAAUAGUACCGGUGAUGCAUUAUUUAGUAAAGAUAAAGUGUCAGAAAUUGAUGAAGAUGAUAAACAGACUGGUCUUGAAUCGGAUGCUUCUUCAUCAUUUGUGUCUAGUGAUUGCUCAGUGAGCAUUAAAAAACAAGAACGUUUUAAAAUUGAAGGAUCACUUUCAACAUUUGCUCAAAGUGAUACCUUAAACUAUUCGCAGCUAUUCUCAUCAGUGCCUGAAAAUAGGAUCUUUGGGUCCCCUGCUGUGCAGAGAGAUGACCUGUCGGUCUCAAGUGUCUGUAAAACAGAAAUUGAAGAUAAUGACAAAAACACAGAAAAUUUAUCUAUAAAUAUUACGGAAGAUGAUGAACUUUUAUUUAAGAAAGUUCAGGAACUUGCUGAACAAAUAUAUGAACCUAAAUGUGGGUUAGCACCAGUAUCUCGGAAACCAGCUUUAUUGCAGUUCGGGAAAUAUGAGAUAUCUGUACUUUAUACUUCACCUUAUCCUAAAGAAUAUUUAAGAUUAAAUAAACUUUAUUUGUGUGAAUUUUGUCUGAAGUUUAUGAAGACCAUGAAAACCCUUCAAAGACAUUUGUUAAAAUGUUCUGUAAGGCACCCUCCAGCAGAUGAAAUAUACAGGAAAGGCGAUUUAAGUAUUUUUGAAGUUGAUGGUGGACUUAACAAAACAUACUGUCAAAAUUUAUGUUUGCUUGCUAAGCUUUUUCUAGAUCAUAAAACAUUGUUUUUUGAUGUGGAACCAUUUCUAUUUUAUGUCCUAACUAAGAAUGACAAAAAAGGAUGUCAUUUAAUAGGCUAUUUUUCAAAAGAACGAUUUUGUCAGCAAAGAUAUAAUGUAUCGUGUGUUAUGGUAUUGCCUCAACAUCAAAGGCAGGGUUAUGGAAGAUUUCUUAUUGAUUUCAGCUACCUCUUGUCAAGAAAGGAAGGAAGAUUUGGAACACCAGAAAAACCUCUUUCAGCACUUGGUCGUAUUUGCUAUACAUCAUAUUGGGAAUCGGUUGUUAUUGAACAUUUGAAUAAAAUUGACCGUAGGAAGAAAAUAACUAUAAAAAGUAUUUGCAAAGCUACUGGUAUGACUUUCUUAGAUGUUGUAUCAACUUUGACAAUGCUUAAUAUGGUAACAAGAAAUGAUUUGGGAAAGUACAUAGUUACAGUGGAUGAAGCCAUUUUGAAAUCAUAUAUGACAAAGCUAAACAAGGAAAAAUCCCAAAGAAUUGUAUUAGAUGCAGAUUGCUUGAAGUGGGAACCUCAGAGGACGUUUAAAAAUGACAACUGCAAAAAGUGUCGAAAAGAAUCUUCAAAAGUUCGUGAUAAGAAGAAACAGUUUGUUAGUGAACGCAUGAAAUCGAAUAACAAGCUAGAGAAAGUAUUUGUGGGUGGAGUGUGGUAUUCCAAAGAAAAGAUUAAAUGUGAAACUUGUCUGUUAUCCCAAGAAAGGGAAAGAAGGAAGCUUUUAAAACAUAAGAACAAAAGAAAAUUGACGGAGAAGCACAUAGAAUUAGAUACCAUUUUAGGGGAGCCAAAAAGAAAGAAAGUAAAAGUAUCUAGUAUUCACAGCUCAAUUUUAGACUCAAGUGAUGAGUCAAUAGAUUGUCUAAGGUACACAAGUGCCUAUAUUCGAAAUCUUAAGAGGAAACUUUUAAGGAAGCACAAAUUAAAAAUGCAGAAGAAAUGUCAAGAACAUAAACAAGAAACAGAUAUUCUCAAAUAUGCUGUGUUAGGAGAACACAAAAGCUCUAAAAUAAAAGUCCAUGGAUUCCUUAGGAAAUCCAGUAAACUGAACAUCGAAUGUCAGCGUAAACUCAAACAUAAACGCAUCCGAAAGGAAAGAUGCAAAAAAUUAAGAAAGAAAAGUAAAAGCAAAAAUUAUAAUCAAGAUGUUUCCAAAGAUAAAAAGAAGCAUAAAGUUAAAUUGAAGAAAAAGGAAUCAAAAUCUACUGAGAAAGAAGCAGAUCGAGAUGGCAUUCAGACUCCACCAGUUCUGCUUCCAGCUGUGCUUUCAGAUGAGGAUGAUUCUUCACGUGAGCCUAACUCUGCUUCUGAACAUGAUCUUUUGCCUCCUCCUCUACUUCAGGCUCUGGUAGUUGAUUGUAUUGAGUCAAAAAUGAAGUCGCAAGAAGAUAGUGAUGACGAUAGUGACAAAGACAUAACAGAAAUCGAACCUGAAAUCAAAGAACUCAUUGAAGGCUUACCAGAGACAAAAGACGAUGAUUCACUUGAAGUCAACUCAGUGGCAGAAAUGUCAGCCAAUGAAGAGGAAGAAAUGGAUGAAGAUAAAUCUGACAGCUCAUCUAGUCCUAAACACAUUACUGAAUUGCCAGAUGAAACUAAAGAUACACCUUUAGACCCUGAAGAAAACUUACCUUUGAGUACCUGUGAAAUAUCUGAUGUUGCUGAAUCUACAGAAAUAGAUAAGGCAAUUGCUCCUCUUCUAAAUGAAAUUGAAAACAAGGAGGACAAAGACUUGCUUGAGAAAGAUAAUGAAUGCAUUUUAGAGGAAACGGAUAAAGAAAAUAUUGAUGAUUUGAUGCCAAUUGAAAGCAAGUCCUCUCAUUCGGAUUGUUUAGAAGUUGAAGAAAUAAAAGAUUUAAAAAUGGGCGAAACCAUUGAUAGUGCCAGUGUUGAUUUAACAUUUCAUAGUCAGACUGAUAUAGAUAUGCGAUCCCUUCAUGUGCCUGACACAGAUAUGCACACUGUAGAAAGGAUGUCAAUACACAAUGAGCUUAAAAAUGAAGAUGAAAAUGAGGUGAGAGAAGCUGUAGAAGUCAUUAAUGAGCAAAUGGAACAGUCUUCUACUAUAGAGAUGCCUUUGACACCUCAAACUCCGGAAUCAAAUCAUUCUAGAACUUUCCAAAAUCUAAGUCCUUACCAUUCUCAGGAUGAAAGCAAAGAAGAUGAAUGUAUCCUCAGUUCUAAUGAGGUGCAGGAGAUAGAUGAUGUCAGCAACUCUGAUUGCCAAAUAUCUGAGAAUAUGUCUGUUCAUGAAAUAAAUGACGAUAUUCAGGAAUGCACCUAUGCAGAACAACACAAAGAUGAUGUGCAGCAUUCCAGAACAGAUCAUUACUCAGAAGAAAUGAUGGAACAGCCAGAAAUCAUAGUUGAACUUCCCCAAGUGUCUCAACCUUUGUCUCAAAGUUCCCAAAUGUCCUCACCUGCCACCCCAGUUGGGACUAUAGUCUCAAAACAUACUCCUACUCCUCAAGAAAUGUCAAGUAUGGGAGUAUAUACCCCAGAUUCCUCUACCAAUAGUGGUUACAACUCAGUAGAAAUAGACGUUUGUCAGUUGGGGCUAGAAUCUCCUACCUCUGUGUGUAGCAAUGAGAUAACUCAGCAAAACUCUGUUGAAGCUCGUUCUUCUCCACCACAGUCUUACCCUGACUGUGCCCAAUUAAAUAAUACUCCAUCAUAUUGUACAAAUGUUUCUCUUUCGGAACAGUGUGCGAAUAACAGCCGUAGGGAGAUGAUAGCUGCCGCCGCCGCGGCUCAGGCAGCUGUUGUGCAGGCACAAGCACAAGCCCACCAUACUAAUACCAGUGGCCAUUGCAUCAAUGUUUCAAACCGAAAAAGGCAGCAGCAUUCUUCUGGAAUGACCCAGAGAAUUGCUAAUAUAUCUCCUGCAGGUCCAGUUUCUAGCUUAAUGCAGUCAAGCAUGGUUAGUGUGAAUGCAACAGCUGUUAAUGCUCUGUUUGUGGGUCCAGCUCCCAAUACAAACAAUGGCUACAUGAAUGCAAUGAAUAUGAGUGUACCUUGUAGUAAUUCAACUGCUGUUGGGGGAUCAGUUGCAGGAUCUUACAUGGUUGGUGUGCCUGUUGCAACGGUGAUUCAACCACAGUCAGCAGCGGCAUUUGCUGCUGCAUCUAUGCAAAACCACCAUCAACUUCAGCAGUCACCACAAAAUUUUUCAGUGGCUAAUCAUCCAUCUGGCAAUAUUUCUGGUGCUAUGCAACGAUUAACGCAUGUAGGUGUUACUCCCAAUGCAUGCCCUGUUUCUUCUGUAACACCUAAUUUCCAUAUACAGUCUCCUAGUUACACUUACACCCCAACUCCCACUCCUACACCAACCCCUAAUACACCCUCUCAAAUUGGAACCAGCUGUAGCCUUGCAAAAUUACAGCAGCUGACAAAUGGUAUCAUGGAUAUUGUUCCCAAUCCCCCAUGCAAUACAAUGACUCCUCCUCCAAACAUGACUCCACCUUCACCACAGGUCAACAUGACUCCUCCACCUCAGAUGCAACGCUCUUUGACUCCUGCAAUGGCCAAUCUACAACCUCAAUUAUCUAUGCAAUCUAGUUCUCAUAAUUAUAAUAAAUACCAUUUUCAUCACCGGCAGAUGCAAAGGAACCCGAAUGUUGCACUCAGCCCUAACCUUGUGGCAAGUUAUCAGACUAUAAAUGGUGUUGGUUACCGGAUUCAACAGGCUCCAUCUGCAGCUAUGUUAAAUACUGGUUAUAUUACCAAUGCUGGUUUCAUCAAUCAAGCACAGUUACCACCUUCUGCAGUUCAGAUGGGCAUGGUUAAUGUAAAUAUGCAUGGCCAAACUCCUUACCAAGAAACUCUCCAACCUAGUAGGCCACAGAAUGCUAUGUACACAACUUAUAGCUACCACAUCAGUGGAAAUUUGCAACCACAGUCUUUAAACUCAGUCAUGCGUCGGUAAACCCGUUUCCAAACUCUACAUUGUUUCUAUUCUAGAGUUCUAAAUUUUAUAUUUUAUUAAUAUGCCUACCUCAUAAAAUAUGGGCAGAUGUUAUGAAGCAGUUGGGAGUAAUGAAAGGAAUAUAUCGUAUAUUCUUUUUUUUUUUCCCCUAUCAUGAAUUAUAAUUACUCAUAAAAAAUAAUUGAAUUAUUUUAAAAAGUUGGUUUGAAAUUUGUAUUGCAUGUAUCAUUACAUGCUUAGGAAGAUUUAAAUGAAAUAUUAAUUUGUAUAAAUUCAUUGUAGGUUUUUAACAAACUUUUGAUGGGUAUAAACUGAGUUCAGUGAAUAACACCGUGUGUUUUAUAAGAAUGCAGAACAUUCUUAUUUGUCUAUUUUCAUUGCUCUAUGCACAACUUUAUAGUUUGCACCUGUGUUGAUAUUUUAUGUUGACAUGCAAAAUCUGCCUUGAACAGAUCUUUUACAGCAUGUCUAAUUUUGUAUUUGUAGUUAAUUUUCUUAGUAUAUUUUUAAAAAGCUGUAGUAUUUUGCUAUUUUAUUGCACAAAUAUUGAAAUUAUACUGAUUCAUAUAGAAUUAUUGAAAUAAGCGUUAUAUCCAAAAUCUACUUGCACAUAAAAAAAUCAAAAGUAGCACAAUGUUUUUCAUGAAAAUAAUUAAUAAAAUGUCAUUAAAAAAAUUAAAUGAUUAAUUUAUUUGCUGACUAUUUUCUUUAAGUUUUAAAAAUAACUAGAAAUUACCUUUAAAAAAAGUUAUUUAAAGAACACUUGAGGAUUCCCUUUAUUAGCUGUGAAAAUAGGAAAUGGUAUUACUACCUUAAGCAUAUUUAUAAUUACAUGUAAUUAAAGCCAUGGAAAAAAUUAUGUCCUGUUAUAUUUAUUCUAUGCAAUGUAUUACCAUUACAUUUUUUUUUUUUUUUUUGUCAAACAUUUUGAAAUGAAACUUAGAUUGUUCUCAAUUAGCUAUAAAGCUGAUAGUUCAAAAAAUUAUUUUACAAAAUUUUUGAGGAUUUUUUUUAUGUACAUGUUAUAGCAGAAAAAUAAUGAUUUUGUCUUUAGAAUAUAUAGACCUGUGUGGGGUUUUUUAAGUCAUAUACUAGAAACUUUUGAAAAACAGUAAAGUAAGAGUUUCUUUUAAUACUUAUUUUGCUUGUUUAAUAAUGACACAUUUUUUUAAAUAAAAUUUUAUAUAACAUUUAUUAAAUAAAAUUUUAUUAGUAAUUUUUCUUUAAGCUUUGUAACAUUAUGUAACUAAUUUUUCUUCAACAUAUGGUUAUGUAAUAGUGAAAUUAACCAUACAAGAUAAAUAUCCUAACCAAUUAGUAAUUUUGUAAUAUCUUUAUCAUCUUAGAUGUCUAAAUUACCCAGUUCUUUAAAACAAGUUAAUUUUUAUUUCAGGUUUUAUAUGUAACAGUCUGUCUAAAAAUUUAUUAUAUUUGAUAAUCAAAGAAGUUGAAUUGAAAAAGAAGCUUUACCAAUUUGUGUUGAAUACUUUAUUACUUAAUGGUUAGUUAAUAUUUUCUUGCUGUAGAUAAUAGGUUAUUUGUCAAGAAAUUAAAAAUACUGGGUUUUUUUCCCCCUUACAAAAUAAUGUUUAGAAGUUUUUAUUUAUGCUAAAAUUUGGUUUGCAUAAAUUAGCUUUGAUAAAACUUGGGAAUUAUCGUUCUUAAAUAGAGCAUGAGUUUCAGUUUAAUUUGGUGUGCAAGUGUUAAAUGGUUAAAAUGGAUCGUCAUUAGUUUUUCUCAUAUAGCUGUAGCUGUAUUUUAUGGAUUUCAUAAGGCUUCAUUGAACAAAUUUUUUUAAAUUAAUUGGAGUUGCAUAGUUUGAAUUAUAUCCAAGAGAGAGAAAAAAAUUGUCACCAAAGCAUUUAUACUCUUUUGGAGUUGGCAGCAGAUUUUGUAGUAAUAGGAAAGAAUGGAAUGCCAAAUUAAUACUUUGUGUUCAAGUUUUAAUAUUUAUGAAUAAUGAAGACUAAAAUUAUUAUUAAAUGGAAAAUUUGCAUGAAUUCACUGUGAAGAGAUAGAUAUAGACAUAAAUCAUGAAAGCAAAGAUGUUCAAGGAAAAAAAAAUAUAUAAGGAUUUAUAAAUAAUUGUGUUGUCUUGAGUUUUUUCAAAAUUGAUCAUCAUUGUUCUAAUGUUAUAUUUCUUUUAACCAGUUUUGUAAACUUUUUUAUUGAAAUAAAUAAUAAGAAUAUUAGUUUCUAUUAAUAGAAAGUAAAUAAUUUUAAUAUGUAUAUAAUGUUUUAUCAUAAUUACUGAAGGGGGGGGGAAUCAAUAUUUAAUUUUUCUGUUGGCAUUUAUCUCUCUUUUUUUUUUUUUUUUUUUUCCCCUUCAGUUUGCUUGAAUAAGCAUUUAUGCAUGAUUUAUCAUAACAUUAGAUAAUAUUUUUAAGGAAGAACUUGUAAGAAAAUGCUUAAAGCCAAUUGUCAGUUUUUAAGAUAAAGUCAUAAUAGCAUAAUAAUGUGUGUUAUUCCUAAGAUUUAUAAAGUAUAUAAGAAUUGUUUCAUGAGGAGUUUGAAUUGUAAAACUUUUAACUAUGGUACUUUUGACUAAAAGCAUAUUUAUAGUACAAGAUAAUGAUGGCACAUAGAGACAUGCAACAGCAAAUUCACAAAAAUAGGAUGAUGGUAUGCAAUAGGAAAAUGCUUCCCUUUUUUAUUAUUAAGAAUUAAAUUCAAUUGUGUUUUAACUUUUUUUAAACUUUAAAAUGGCAUUUCAUGUAUCUAUAAAUUUCUUAAUAUUAAAAUAAUUGGAAAUACAACUGUGUAUAAUAGUGUCUGUAAGAAAUAAAAUUAUGAUUGAAAAUUUGAUGUUAGGAUGAUGCUGUUAACCAUGUGAAUAUUUCAGUGCAAAACAAGAAAAUAUGGUAAUUACCCAAUUAACAGGUUAAAUCUUUGAAAAGUUAAUGUGAUGAAAUUAUAUAAGCUCUACUUUUUUAUACUAGGCCCAGUUUGGCCUUGAGGAAAGUUAAAAAAAAAAAAAAAACACGGAUAAUGCAUCAAGUAAGAAUGUUCUGCAAUAAUUUUUCUUAUUUAAUUUUUUUACAGUAAAUUUAUUUUAAAAAUGGAAAACAAUGAACAGAGGUAAGUUUUAAUAUUUAUUCCAUUAAUAGCUUUUAAAAAUGUAUGAUUCACAAUUUACAGAUGAACUUUGAAUGUUUGCUUUUUUUUUUUUUUUUUUUUCCACCUUUCUAGU